CGCCCUUUCACAAAAUUCAUUGGUAUUCGGUCCGCUCUUUUCAAUUUCAACUUUUCGAAAAAGGAUACGCAGCAGCCGACGGCGACUGUCAGGAAUCCUGCAAAGAGUGAGAGUUAAAUGGAUCUGAAUUUUCCGGAAACAGUUGGAGGGGAAGCAGGUAUGGACAAGUUUACCGAUGGAGAGACAGAGAGGGAUGUUAGAGAAGCGGUGGAGCUCAUUAAUGGGGACGGAGGGAGCGGUUACUGCGGAAAAGAAGAGAGAGAAAGGGAUGUAGAAGGAGAAGAGAAGGAUAUUAGUAAAGCGGAGAGAGGAAGCAGUUCGCGGGUGGUCGGUAGCAAGAGAGCGUCGACACGGACGUGGUCCUUGCUGGCCACGGAGAAGAUUGUGAAGCUGAACGAGGAAGUUUACGACUGGGAAUACGAUAGGAAGCGGAGGAAGAGGAAGAGUGAUAAAACUUGGGAUACAGGGUUAGGAGGUGAGUCUGAGGUGGAGGAGGCAAAUGUCGAGGGUCAAAGCGCGCGAUGGAGAGAGAGUGAGAAUGUGGAAAGUGAGGGUAUGGGAUUAGGGGGUGAGGCCGAGGGGGAGGAGAAGAAUGUCGAGGGCCAAGGUGCUAAAAGAAGGCCGGGGAGAAAGAGGAAGGUUGUGAAAUGUGAGGAUACAGGAUUAGGGGGUAAGGCCGAAGGGGAGGAGAAGAAUGCCGAGGGCCAAGGCGCUAAAAAAAGGCCGGGGAGAAAGAGGAAGGUUGUGAAAUGUGAGGAUACAGGAUUAGGGGUUGAGGCUGAGGGGGAGGAGAAGAAUGUCGAUGGCCUAGGUGCUAAAAGAAGGCCGGGGAGAAAGAGGAAGGUUGUGAAAUGUGAGGAUACGGGAUUAGGGGGUAAAGCCGAAGGGGAGGAGAAGAAUGUCGAGGGCCAAGGCGCUAAAAAAAGGCCGGGGAGAAAGAGGAAGGUUGUGAAAUGUGAGGAUACAGGAUUAGGGGGUAAGGCCGAAGGGGAGGUGAAGAAUGUCGAGGGCCAAGUUGCUAAAAGAAGGCCGGGGAGAAAAAGGAAGGUUGUGAAAUGUGAGGAUACAGGAUUAGGGGAUAAGGCCGAAGGGGAGGAGAAGAAUGUCGAGGGCCAAGGCGCUAAAAAAAGGCCGGGGAGAAAGAGGAAGGUUGUGAAAUGUGAGGAUAUAGGAUUAGGGGUUGAGGCUGAGGGGGAGGAGAAGAGUUUCGAUGGCCAAGGCGCUGAAAAAAGGCCAGGGAGAAAGAGGAAGGUUGUGAAAAGUGAGGACACUGGAUUAGGGGGUGAGGCCGAGGGUGAGGAGAAGAAUGUAGAGGGCCAAAGCACUAAGGGAAGGCCGGGGAGAAAGUCAUUGGCAGAUCGAGCAGAACAACGAGUUGAAAAUGGUGGAGAUGGGAGAGAUUUGUUUGGUACUGUUAGGGAUGAUCAGGAUACCGAGGUUGAUCCCUUUAGUAGCGAAAUGUGUGAGGAAAAUGGGAAGAAGAAUGACCGCAACACUUGUCACCAGUGCAAGAGGAAUGAUAAAGGGAAAGUCGUGUGGUGCACCAAGUGUUGGCGUAAACGAUAUUGUCUCAUUUGCAUAAGUAGAUGGUACCCUCAUAUGCAGGAAGAGGAUUUUGCUGAAGCUUGCCCUGUUUGUCGUAACAACUGCAAUUGCAAGGAUUGCUUGCGGCUAGAUGGACCAUCGAGGCACUUGAAGGAUUUGACAUUGAAAUUUAAUGAUGAAGCAAAGAUACAAUACUCUAAGUACAUGCUGCAAAUACUUCUGCCCUUCUUAAAACGAUUCCAUGCUGAACAAUUGGUUGAGACGGAAAUGGAGGCUAAGAUACAUGGAUUACCAGUUUCAGAGAUAAUACCACAGCAAUUGAUCUGUGAGAAGAAUGAACGGAUAUACUGCAACAACUGUAAAACAUCUAUUUUUGAUUUUCACCGAAGCUGCCUAAACUGCUCCUAUGAUCUUUGUCUCACUUGUUGUCAAGAGCUUCGGGAGGGACAUCUUCAAGGGGGUGAUACUGGAGUGCCCCCAGAAUAUUUGGGCGACAACCACACUCUAGCUUACUUGCAUGGUGAUUAUAGCGGAGCAGAUACUUUGAUUAAGAUUGAACCUUAUGGUGGAAUGGUUGAAGAUAUCAAAACAGAUUUUGAGGAGACAAAUUCUGAGUGGAGAGCUGCAGAAAGGGGUAUCAUUCCAUGCCCGCCACAAGGGCGAGGAGGUUGUGGAAAAGGAAUUCUUGAAUUGAAAUGCAUAUUUCCAAAUGGUUGGGUCUCUAACUUGUUGCUGAGAGCAGAAGAAUUCGGCUGGGCACAAGACAUUGAGGACUUGCGAGUAAAAUUUCAUGAGUGCUUGUGUUCAAAAUCCUUGAGUGAGAAUGUGAGUGGAAGUGAUACAUUGCGCAAAGCAGCUUCUCGGCCAGAUUCAAGUGACAAUAUGUUGUACUGUCCAGCAGCUAAAGAUCUUCUGCAGCAUGAUGAUUUAAAGCAUUUUCAAUGGCAUUGGUCCAAAGGUGAACCUGUGAUUGUUAGUAAUGUACUUGACACUACAUUUGGUUUGAGCUGGGAACCCAAGGUUAUGUGGCGUGCCUUUAGACAGAAAACGGGCCAGAAACAUGAAGCUGUGUUUGAUGUACCUGCCCUAAAUUGCUUGGAUUGGUGUCAGGUUGACAUAAGCAUUUACAACUUCUUCAAAGGGUAUUCAGAAGGUCGUUUUGAUGAUUAUGGUUGGCCUCAGAUACUCAAGUUGAAAGACUGGCCUCCUUCUAACUUGUUUGAGGAGCGGUUGCCUCGUCAUGGAGCUGAGUUUAUUAGUUGCUUGCCUUUCAAAGAAUAUACACAUCCUCGCAGUGGGUACUUAAAUCUUGCUACUAAACUGCCCGAGUGGUCUCUAAAACCAGAUAUGGGGCCAAAAACAUAUAUUGCUUAUGGAGUGGCGCAGGAGUUGGGCCGGGGAGAUUCUGUAACAAGCUUACAUUGUGACAUGUCUGAUGCAGUAUGUCCUCUUGAUGCUUGCUAUCCUUUAGAUGUUUUCCAGGAGAUGGUGAAUGUGUUGACACAUGCAGAAGCUGUGCCGCUUAAACAUAAGCAUUUUUCUACUAUAAAGAAACUGCAAAAGCUGCACGCCAUACAGGAUGAAAAGGAAAUGUUAGGCAAUUCUCAGACAUUAAAUGGAACGGAAGGAGAGCUACUAAACAGUGAUGAUCAACAGAAUUUGUUGGAAGCUUCUGAAGCUAGUGAAAGUGGUCGAAAUGAAGAGUAUGGGAAAGAGGAACAUAAGAAUAAUUGCAUGCACGGAAUUGUCUCGGAAAGUUUUCAGAACCCUGAGGGUGCUGCUUUGUGGGAUAUUUUUAGGAGGGAAGACAUUCCGAGACUGGAGGAGUACACGAGGAAGCAUUUCAAGGAAUUUAGGCACAUGUUCGGUAGACACUUGUCUCAGGUUGUCCAUCCUAUUCACGAUCAAACAAUUUACUUGACUAUGGAACAUAAAAAGAAACUUAAGGAGGAAUAUGGAAUUGAACCAUGGACAUUUGUUCAGAAAGUAGGUGAUGCUGUUUUCAUACCUGCUGGAUGUCCCCAUCAAGUUAGAAACUUAAAGUCAUGCAUAAAGGUCGCACUUGACUUCGUCUCACCGGAAAAUGUCAAAGAGUGUGUUCGGUUGACAGAGGAAUUUCGUAUUCUACCACAAAAUCAUAGGGCUAAAGAAGACAAGUUAGAGGUGAAGAAGAUCAUUCUUCAUGCAGUUGGACAAGCCGUUAAGGAUUUGGAGGAAUUGUCAAGUCUCAACUAGAACCGCAGGAUGAAGCAUUUGGUUGGCCUCAGGGAACUCACACGCAUUUGGUUGUCACACGCUUUGAUACUGAACAAUGAUGCUAAUUAGUCGCCCCUUGUUGCUUCAGUAAUUUAAUUAGUAGUUCGAACUUGUAACUUUAUACUUUCACGAGUUUAAAUUUUGCUGUAACUUAAAUUUUAGCAAGUGAAAUAUUUUCGAAGUCGAUCUAGUUAUAUGUUAUUGUUGUA